UGUGAACGAACGCCGCUUCAGUCAGACUCAGCAAGUAAACAGUGUGGGGCAAGAUGGUUCUCGAGAGCACUAUUAUAUGUGUUGACAAUAGUGAAUACAUGCGAAAUGGAGACUAUGUGCCAACACGUCUCCAAGCCCAACAGGAUGCAGUUAACACCAUUUGCCGUUUUAAACUUAGGUCUAAUCCUGAGAACAAUGUAGGCCUCCUCACCUUAGCCAAUACUGAGGUCCUGGCAACACUGACUACAGAUGUUGGGAAAAUCCUGACUUCACUGCAUAAAGUAAUGCCAAAUGGAUUCAUCAAUCUCCUGACUGGUAUACGAAUUGCUCAUUUAGCGCUGAAACAUCGUCAAAGUAAAAACCACAAAAUGCGCAUUGUUGCCUUUGUGGGAAGUCCAAUUGAGGCUGACGAAAAAGAAAUCAUCAAGGUAGCUAAACGCCUCAAGAAGGAGAAAGUUAACAUUGACAUUGUUAACUUUGGGGAGACAGUCCAGGAUAUCAACCAGUCUCUGUUGGAGGCCAUGGUAAGCACCAUCAAUGGCCGAGAAGGUGGUGGAUCACACUUGGUCACUGUGCCUCCAUCACCUCAUCUAGCAGAUGCUCUCUUGUCCUCUCCUAUUGUCCAGGGUGAGGAUGGAGGAUCGGCUGCAAGCUUUGCAACAGGCGGAGGCUUUGAGUUUGGUGUUGAUCCUAAUGAGGAUCCAGAACUGGCACUGGCUUUACGUGUGUCUAUGGAGGAACAGCGGCAGAGACAGCAGGAAGAGGAACGUCGUGCUGCUCAGGAAUCAGCAGCAAAGGCUCCAUCUGCUGAAGCUACACCUCAGCCACCUGCCACAACACCAACACCCCAACCUGCUGCAACAGAAGGCGGUCAAUCUGAAGAGGAGAUGUUACAACAAGCUCUAGCAAUGUCACUGGAAGUCGGAGGUGCUGGUGGCUCAACACAGGCUAAAGGAUCCACUGCUGCCAAACCAGUUGCAGCUCCAAAAGCUGCCCCUGCUGCUGCUGUUCCAGACUUCUCUGCAAUGACAGAAGAGGAGCAGAUUGCAUAUGCAAUGCAGAUUUCUAUGCAGGACUGUGCAGAGCCUAAGGAGGAACCCAUGGAUGUAGAUACACCAAGUGAAGACAGAGGUGCAAAGGGAGUAAAGGAAAGCUCAGAGGUGAAGAAAGAAGAGGAGGAACAGGAUUUCUCCCAGGUCAUGGCAGAUCCGCCUUUCUAGAGAGUGUCCUUCAAACUUGCCUGGUGUUG